AUGCCGAGGAGAAGAACUUAUACAAGACGAUAUAGCAGACGUGCGUUUCUCAAACAUGCUCGUCAAAAUGUACCACCAUCUGCAUCAUCAUUACAAUCGAAUACAACAUCAACAUUACGAACAACAACGUCAAAUCUAUCAACAUCUUCAAAACGUUCAUCUUUACCAUCACAUCAAAAGAUUACGAAAAGAACAAAAUUGGAUAUAACAUCAACAUCAGCAAAUUCAAAUUCAAAUGUACCUAUGGAUGGAUACACAAUCUUGCAAAAUCAAGUAUUAUUUACUCUUAUGUGCAAGACAAAUUGUGAAGGUUGCGGAAAUCGUUGGAAUGGAACAAUUAACAUCAACAAACGCGAAGGUUUAUUUGUGAUUUUAUCUUUUCAUUGUUCAUCAUGUACAAAUACCAUCACCAUUGAAACAAGUCCGAAGGUUGUUGCAUCAGAUCGUCGAGAUAUUAAUGUUCGUUCACAAAUUGGUAGCCAUUUAUGUGGUAUUAGAUAUGCUGGAUUAGUAAAAUUAAAGGGUGCUAUGAAUUUACCAAGUCCAAUUCAAGAUGAAAGAUAUUCCAAAUGGGAUAAAGAUUUAUUAGUUUCCGUAAAAUCAUUUUCGGAUCGAUCAAUGAAAAAAGCUGUUGAAGAAGCUGUGACUGCUGCAAAUGGUCGAGAAUUAAUGGUUAGUGGAUAUGGAUUUUGGCAGACCCGAGGCUUUCAAAGUAGACAUGGUGCAGCAGCUCUUCUUUCUUGUAAUACAACACCAAAAGUACUUGAUAUUGAAACAUGUAGUAAAACAUGUAAUGUUUGUGCACUUGCUAUUAAAAAAUCUAAUCCAGCUAAGUACAAUGAUGUUAUUAGAUCACAUCAUUGCGAAAAAAACUACAACAAAAGUUCGGGCACAAUAGAAGCUGAUGCUGUUCUUAACAUGUUCCAACGAUCAGUUUCCAAAUAUGAAAUUUAUUACAUAAAGUAUGUUGGUGAUGGUGAUUCAAAAACAUUUGCUAAACUUUCUGACAAACCGCCAUAUCCAGGAAAAGUGAUCAAGAAAAUCGAAGACUUGAAUCAUUUUAGCAAAAGAAUGAAGCGUCAACGGGAAACAAAAAAACGUGAAUAUGGAAAAAAACAAGUAUCUGAUGGUAAAACUAUUGGUGAUAAAAAUCGUCUUUCCAAACAAAAGAUCAUCCGGUUACAAAUGGCAUUUGCUUCUACCAUUCGAAAAUGCAAACACGAUCUGGAUUUGUUAUUCAAGCGAUCGUGGGCUAUAUUUUGGCAUAAAUAUUCGACCAAUGAUGAUCCUCGUCAUGAUUCUUGCAGCAUCGAUUGGUGUGGUUAUUUAAAAGCUGCUCGUGAUGGAACAUCGUAUGAUCAUACACCACAUGCUUUACCUCGUCCUGUCCUUGAUGCCAUCAAGCCUGUUUUUGACAACCUCUGUUCUCGGAAAAGUCUUGAACGUGUACUUGAUGCAUCAAGUCAAAAUCCAAACGAAGUUUUUCAUUCGCUUGUCUGGCUUAUGUCACCAAAACACAAAACAACAUCUGGAACAACAUUUGAAAUUGCUUGUCAUCUUGCAAUAAUAAUAUUUAAUGAUGGAUAUUUUGCAUUAGGAGAUCUUUUCAACAACAUGUGUGGUUAUCGUGGUUAUUACACCGAUCAAGCAAUGAUUCACUUUGACAACAGUCGUCUCCACUCUGAAUCAAAAACAAGUAAUAGAAAAACGAGAAAAGAAGCUGGUCGUGAUGUACAAAAAAAUGUUGAUAAUGAUCAAACAAAUAAUAAUAAUGCAUCUGGUAAUGAUGAUAAAACAAUAGAUAUUGAUGAAGAAGCAGAUGAUGAUAAUAAUGAAACAAAUCCCGGUGAUCAACCAACAACUCAAGAUAAUGAAACAAUUAUUGAUAAUGAUGAAAGUAUUACUGACGAUAAUGAUACAACAUCAAGUAGUGAUGAAUCAUCCAAUGAUAGUGAUGAUAAAACAAUUCUUAAUCCUGAUACGAGAACAAAUGAAGAUGUUGGAAAGAAUGAUGAAACUAGUGUUGACGAAUAUGGUUAUUAUAAUCCAAAAGACAGAAGAAGAUGGAAAGAAGAAGAAUAA